AAAGGAGACCAGGACAAAGUCUACAAUGGGUGUACAACAAGUUUCUGGAGUUACUAGGACGGACUACAACAUGCAGCGCGCAGUCACGACGAACGAUCCAUUAAAUGGCACAGGUAUGGCACAUGUAAGACAAACAAUCAGCUGCGACGCCGGCAGGUCGUACCGGAUCGCGGCACUCGAGUGUCACCCCAUCCAAUUCAAAGUCGGGACAAUCAGCCGGAAUGACUAAAUGGCAGCCAAUUAUUACAAGGCUGUCUUCGGUGGGUGGUGUCGCGCGUGUAAGGCCAUUGAAUGCGCCGGUCAAUGGUGACGUAGUAGACUCUCCUGCAGCGAGAGCCCCUACGGCUGACAUGGGCCGCGCCGAGCUGCCCAUGAAGCAGCAGGACCCGGAACAGGAACCCGCUGCCGAUAAACUUGCUAAAGAGACGCGAGCGAGAGGCACGCCUGCCAAAGAUACUCCCGCAAAUAAGCGUGCCCGACCGAAAUAUGCUGGAGAGAAGGAUUCUGGUCAGGAGAUCGAAGAAAACAUACAUGAGAUCAAGUCGCUUACGGCACACAAAGUUUCAGAGCAAAAUCUUGGCCGAAUCCUACUCCAAGUGAAUUGGCUUGAUGACCCCGGGGCUACCUGGGAGCUGGAGGAGGAAAUCCAGGACGGCGCGUCAGAAACAUUGUUUGACUACUGGAAGAAACAGGGCGGACGAGAUUCAGCGCUGUUCGACAAGGGUUCAACACCGUUGAUGCCUUAUAGAAAGUACUGGGUUUACAAGAUUCUGGAGCAUAAGAGAGAACAAUCGGCCUUCAAGUUCAAAAUUCAGUGGGUGGGAUAUCCGAGUGACGAAGCAAAUAUUACCUGGGAAAACGAAUUGAAACUGAAGAAUUGCGCCAAGGAGUUACUCGACGAGUACUGGGCAUCUAAGGGUGGUCGGGAUCAAUUCCUCAUAAAGCGUCGCAAGGGCAAGCACAGUUUAGACAGCUACUAACGAUCCACCUGACAGUUAUUCCUAUACGUUGUUGAUUUUAAAGGCAUGUGAGUUUGGGAUUCUAAACUGUGUCUCUGUGGCAGAUCAGUGCAACGCACACGAGCAGAAUGCGAAGGAAUUAGUCGAAAGAAGUACUAAGAAAGAGAGCGGUAG